AUCAUGUAGGCCAAGGAAACAAGGACAGAGAGAUGGACAGAAUUAGUAUGUACAGAGGAUGUCCCCACCUCGGAGAAUAAGGAGACAUCAGUUUAUUCAGGGGAUUUACCUUCUCAAAUUGCCUCAGAUCAUCAAGAGAGCAUGGACAUAUCACACAGUGAUGCCGCUUCUACUUCCAGAGAAGAACACAUACAGCAAUUAUCUAAAGUGGCUGAAAAUAUCAUUGAAGUUGAAGUGGAUUUCAAUGAGGAAGUAGGAAAAAAUGGUGUUAAUCUUGAUAAAACUGGAAUUCCUGAAGUUUUGAAUGCUGAAUUUGCCUUACGCAACACUAAUGGUGGAAUCAUCAAACUUAAAAUGAAAACCAAAUUGUCACCAGAAAAUAAGAAAAUUGAUCAGUGGCUAUCAAACUUAAAUUACAAGAGACAUGAAAAGUUAAAAACACUGGGACAAAAGGAAAUCCUCCCGGAAAUCAUUGAUUUCAAACCUGAAGAAAUGUUAUUAUUUGUGAAAAAAUCAUCAAUUGUCCUAACAGAGAAAUCCAACCUUCUUACACGAAGAUUGAACCAGAAAUAUGAGCUUCAAGGUUAUCUUGAAAUUCAAAAUUUGUUAGUAAAGAGUGAUGAGCCAAGAUGUUGCUGUAGUAAUGGACCAACAGUAGACUCAUUUAUUCAAGGACAAAAAAUGCAUUCUGGAGAAUCUACAACAGUAGAAUAUAAAGACCUCACCAGUGAGAAGCUUCCAAAUAAGUUGCGAAAGGAAUUGAAAGAUUACAUUGGGCAAUUUGCCAACACUAAUGGUGGUUAUGUGUACUUUGGAAUAUCAAAUGAUGCCAUCAUCAAAGGACAACAUAUAAAUGGCGAAGAGAUGCAGCGUGCUAUUGAACAGAAGGUUGAGUGCUGCAUGAAAUCAAAGAUCUGGAUCAAUAAAUUUGGCAAGAAGGAAACACCUGAGCAUGGUAAUCAUUAUGAGGUCACCUUCUUCCCAGUCAACAGAGCAGAUGAGCAUACCUAUGUGAUACGAGUUCAUAUCUGCCGGUAUGCUGGUACAGUGUUUCUUAAGGAACCUGAGUGUAAAGUAGUUGAUGACAACAACCAGAUUGUCAAUAUGAGUUUUGAGAGGUGGUUGGCAUCAUUUCUCAUAACUAUAAAAGGAAAUGAAAAUGACCAAAAGAAGUUAAAGCGCCAAACACGUGGGAGAACAGUCUAUUACACUGUAGAAGACACCAUCGAAGAUAUUUACAGUGAUUUGAUAAAAGGUUCACCAGGGAAACUAAAGAUCCGGCCAAAACAAGCAAAGCAUUCAAGAAACAGAAGCUUAUUGCAAACAUUUAUUAGCUGUUUGAAAAAGAUGUUCAAACAAAAUAAAUGGGAAGGCAUUACAUUCAUUGAAAGAUGUUGGGGAGUUAAUAUAGGGCUUCCAAACACUAAGCCAGCAGAGGUGAUUUGGGACAUUUUGGUUUGUUCUCCAAGCAUUCCUCUUUUAUUGGUUAGUCUAUGUGAGGGAGAAGCUACCAGUGAAAGCCUCAAGUACAACAUAAAGCUAGCAACUAAGUUGAAGGGGAUACUUGCCCAAGAAGGAGGGUGCAUGGAGAAAUUCUAUGUUAAGCCUAUCACACUUGCAUGCCCUAAAGAAGAUGACGUACUAGAUGAGAUGAUAUCUCAUGCAUCUGUCUAUCCCGAAGMMUACCRGAUGUCUAAUGAGAAAUAUCAGGCCAUCAUUAAAGCCCUAGUCCCUGUACUUGCCAGAGUGAAUUCCUCAUUUAAAGGUUUUGUUGGCAAUCAUCUUUUUCAUUUGCUCACCAAGGAGCAAUAUGAGAUUCUCUUUGAGAAUUUUGAAUCGCCAAAAUUGAUGAUAACAGGCCCUCCUGGCAGUGGGAAAACUGUUUUGGCGAUUGAACGUAUUCAUCGUCUAAGAAGACAGGGCUUUUCUGCUAAAGAAGUUUUGUUUGUGUGCUCAAAUAAGGUGCUGGAGGCUGAAGUCAGGCACAUUAAAGUAACCAAUUUGGAUGGUAAACCAGAGCCAUUAUGUUUAACAUACAACUAUUUUGGAAUCAUUUCUUGUCUCAGAAAGGAACAUGAUAGUGCACUUGCUGGUGUGAAGCAUAUUGUGAUUGACGAAUGCCAACAUUUCAAGUGGAACCCCCCAACAUUUCAUUCGACUGGUGGGAGUUGGUGGGAGACAUUCAUGAAUUCGUACGAUAACGGGAAUCCUCCAAGUCUUUGGAUAUUUAGUGACUCCUCCCAGCAGAUAUUCAAAGGACCCUGUGUACUUGAUAGGCUACCAGAUGGUUUCUCCCACAGGCAGCUGAGUACCGUCAUCAGGACCACUGGCAAAAUACACAAAUUCAUUUGUGAAAGAUUCAUGAAGAAUGACCAACAGAUUCAACUUGGACAUGAUCUUGAAGGAGAGGACGUUGAAGUUCUGGUGCCAAAGCAACCAUCAGGAGUUAGUAGAGAAGUGCACUUGGUAAAUAUGUUGAUUAACCUCCUUAAAGACAUGGUUAAUAAGGGAGUUGAUCCAGACACCAUUGGCGUCCUUUUUACUGAUGAAAAGGAAAAGAAUUUGUAUCGAAAAUUAUUUGAUGAACGCACAAGGCAUUUUCAAGUCAAGGAUGGAAAGGCUGUCUCUGAACAUGGUAUCGUGUUUAACACUAUCCGCAUCUUCUCUGGGGCAGAUAAAGACAUCAUCAUUGGGUUCUGCCCCCACUUUUAUUCUGUGACAAAUGAAUUCCAGCACAAUGGUGCUUUGAUGAUCUCGUUAUGUAGUCGGGCAAAGCUCAAGCUGAUUUUAAUCCUUGAGGACGAAAAGGUAGCACAUUCUUUUGGAUUGGCUGACUGCAUGGAAAAGACAGAUAUCCCAUAAUUGUAAAUGAUGAAGUUAUAAAUUUCAGGGUGUGAAACACUAUGCAAAAAAAGAAAAAUGCUAGACGUGUAACAGGAACGCAGGUUGAGUAGGAAGGAGAGAGAUCCUACGAUCAUUGCCAAAAUACUUGGCACGAUGGCACAUUUUGGCUAACACAGAAAAUGGCUUUCCUCUGUCGCGCUCUCCCCCUGUCCCCAGUACAAUGUUUCCGUUCCCCAAAAGAAAGUUGGUACCCCUGAUCAGACUCACCAACCCUCUGCCAACUUGCAGGAAUCCCAACAUUGUACGGGGGAGGGGGGUUUAGUCCUAGGUAAUGUUUUGCAAAGUAUCCUCUAAAAUACUGAAAUCUGUAAAGCGUGCCAACUAAUUAUGGUAAUGAUUGUUGAUUUACCCGGAGCGAGAGAAAUUAAAGUAAAUUAAGACUGCCAGUGUGCUACUUUAGGUACAAGUAACACUGCAUAAAGUAUUAUGAACAAAAAAUUAUAAUUGUAUUGAUUCAGAAGUUAUAACACAGCAGCAUGCAAAAAGGUCACAACUUAGAUGUUAAAGUAUAAUUAUUAUGAUAUGAAUAUAAAAGGAAUCAGAAAUGUAAAAAAUCCAGGCAGGAGAUAUUAUACAUAGUAAUGUUACAGGUAUUUCAAAAAAAAAGGUUGGUAAAUGUGGGUGUUGCAUGUCGUAUACCAAGCCCAAAAUACACUAUGGGCGAUGUUUAUCCAAUCAGUGAAAGGUCACAUUGAUAUGGAAUUUUCUCAAACAUUGUCUGCACAUCUUAUGCAAUUGUCUUUUGUGACAUAUUCAAAUAAUGAUAAUGGGAUUAAAAAAUACCUUUCAAGGUUAAACAAUAUAUGUCCAACAUGCAACAAAACCGUUAUGUACCUUUUUUAGAAACCAAUGAUUGUAUACAGCUAUUGUGGUAGAAUUUUUGCCCCAAAUUUUUGGUUAGUUCCAUCCCCAUUUUUAUCUUAUAAAUGUGGAUAAUAUGUAUACUCUAGGUACCUAUUAUAAUAGAAAUCCAUUAUUUACUCUAGGUUUUUUAAAAAGUCUUUGUAAAAUUGUUGAGGAACAAUAACUCAGUAACUAAAUUAUAAAAAGUGCAUGCCAAGAAAAAUUGUUGAAAAU